CCGUGGGAAGUAGAAUUAUUCAUAAGUUAGGCAUUGUUUCAGGUGGAUAGAUCUUGGACUUUGCGGGCUCUCCACGGCUUAAUCAUAAAAAUUGCAGCCUCGCGAAUUGUUUCGGUUGUUAAAUUGGGCGAAAAUUCGCCAAUGUUGAGGGGUACACUGUGAUUGUUCGGUUGAUGCAGAAGUUUCUGAACUAGUAACCCACAAAAACGCGAGUUUAAAGUGAAAUUAAAGCAACUUUGCGGAAAUGGAUCGGGUGAAAAUUUUGGGCACCUUCCUUACACUAUUAGUGGUUACUCAUGCACGACCUGAAGCUGCCAAAGCAACAGAAAGCAUAAAGUCGGACCAAGAGCCAGCAGCAAGUGGAAGAUUUCUCGAUUUAAGCAGUUUAUUCUUCAAUAAAUAUCCAUCGUACGGGUCGAGAUAUCCAAGCAGUGGUUACUACCCCAGCAGUGGUUACUACCCUAGCAGUGGAUACUAUCCAAACACUGGUUACUAUCCAAGCAGUGGGUACUACCCAACUGGUGGGAACUAUCCAACCGGUGGUAGCGGUUACUAUCCUACUUCAGGGUAUUAUCCGAAUACAGGAAAUUAUCCAAGCAGUGGGUACUACCCCUCGAGUGGGUACUAUCCACCAGGAACUGGAGUCGGUACUGGACCAGGAUACUAUCCUGGCGGAACUAAUGUUUUAGGAGGAGGUUACGGCGGUUAUGGAGGCUACGGUGGGUCUGGCGGUUUGAAGUCAUAUCUUGGGUACUAUGAUCGUAACUACUAUGGACGCCGAAAUCUUGGAUUCGGUUACUAUCCGCACACUAACAGUUUGGGCUUUAUUCGAAGUCGCUCCUCAUUUCCUGAACGUGUAUCCGGUUACAGGGGAUAUAAUUAAUAGAUUUCUGAAAAAUCUUAUGAUUAAUGUUGUUGAAGAUUGUUUUUGUUU